CAUUUACCGCGGGACAGAAAAAUGGCAGCGCCCAUUAUAAUGUUUUGAAAUAUACACUUUACGAUUAAAUAGUUGAUAAAGAUGAAUCCAAACAUUGUCCUGAGUGGUUCUGAAUUAUUCAAGAAUCAUUUAACAUGUGACCAUAGUGUACCUCAGAAAGGUGGCAGUAAGGAAAUUGAAUUUGAUGGAUCAUGGAUACAAGCUAAACGUCUAUCUUCAUACUAUGAAGAAAGACACGCAUUACUGAAAGAACAAAGAACAGAAAAAUUAGGUAAUUUAGUUCGGGGAAUAUGGAAUCCAGAAAAGUAUUUGAUAGAAUUUGAAAGGGAAAUGGGUAAAUUUUGGAGUAACAUGGGUUUUGUAGAUCAUAAAAGGAAAUGGCUGUAUCCUGAGGAAGCCCUAUUCUUAAUGGAAUCAAAUAUGUUAGAAGUAGCCUAUAAUGAUAUUCCAUUGAGUAUUGAGGAAGCUUAUAAUGAGUUUAUGUCUCAUGGUAUUAAUCUAGAGGAGUAUCAGGUUUAUUGUCAUCUACGUCGCCAUGGAUACCUAGUCAGACGACAUCAACCAUUGUCUACAGAUUAUGAAGUUUCUAUUAAAUUAAAUCAGCAUGUCAGCAAACCUAGAAAGAGAAAAAGAAAGAAAAAAGAAAUGAAUAGAAAUAUUGAUAGUGUUGAUGAAAAUAUUAACCAUAUAGCUGAUGGUGUGUGUGAUGAAGAUUUAUCAAUGCGGUUGGAAAAACAAAGGAAAAAGAAUGACAAAGAAUGUGACAUUACAGAUGAUGAUGUUGAGGAUGAUUUUUUGGUUUCUCCAGAUAAAGAACUUUCAAGCAAAACAGAAACUAGUGAUAUUUGUGGUUUCAUUAUAGACAAAAAUGAAGAAUUCACAGAAGAGGGUAAAAUUUGUGAUAAAAGUGAAAAUAAUCGAAACAGAAGUAACCAAUUAAACAAUCCUGUAAAAAACGAAUUUGAUUCUCUACAUUGUGAUAUCAAUAAAUUUUGCUCUUCAAAAGCAUCGGCCAAUUUGUCUUUAGAACAAACGAAAUGGGACUUCUCUCAGAUCUGCUUCCCUAACAUAGCAAAUGCAGAUCAUGUGACUGUGAAUGUGCCCCUUGAACAGUAUCUCCCUGAAGGAAUAAAAAUUGAGGAAUCUUGUGAAUUUAAUGUUUUAGAACACCAGGCUAAGUAUUCUGUACCACGAUUUGACCCUACGAAUCCUGUUGACAAAGACUUGCAUUUUUCGUAUGCAGACUGGGUUAAAGCUAAAACAACAGUUAGUGCAAGUAAUUGGAAAGAAUACAAAAGUAAGUUGAAGAAAGCUCAACAAUGUCUAGAAACAGAUUCACCAGCAGAUAUUUUAUGGCAAGGGGAAGUAACUCCCCUUAUUAGACCUGAAGAUGCAACAUCUACAGGUAAAUUUACAUGUAAUUUGAUCUAUUUAAGAAAUGUUCAAUUUGUCAUCCCGUUUGAACAGCUAGAACACCCCCACCUGGCCUAUGUUACUCCCCGGUCCGAGCUACCCCUAUACCCCAAAUUUCAGACUCGGGGCAGACCUAGUGUAGCCACCAACCCCGAACAGACAGACAGACAGACAGCUCAACAAUGUCUAGAAACAGAUUCACCAGCAGAUAUUUUAUGGCAAGGGGAAGUAACUCCCCUUAUUAGACCUGAAGAUGCAACAUCUACAGCUAAUAUUCUAAGUAAGCUGCAAGUUAUUCAAGUCUUUGAAGAGGAAAUAUUAAAAAGAGAGAACCCGACUGAGUUUGAUUCCAGUUUUAAGAUAUCAUUUGAUGUGUUUUUACCAGAUGCUAAAUUUAGAAAGACAGAUCCUGGUAAACCUAAUCAUAGAGUCUGUAUAACAAGAAGUACUGAUGAUGUUCCAAAUUUAAAAGAUAUUCAUGAAGGUACAUUAAAAGAUGGAGUUCCUGUCCAUUGGGCCGUUUUAGAUAAUGGCGAUGUGGCCUUUUAUUCAUUUCAACAAUUAAAUCUACCCAGUGAUAUCACAAUAGGAUAAAUAACUUUAUUAUUAU